CUGAGCCACCCAGGCUCCCCUCAGCAACUUCUGAUACUAAAAUUUUGUUUUCACACCAUGCAGUUCUGACACUGACUACCUGGAGUUAGCACAGAUCCCACAGGUUAAGGGCUCAGUCUCCUAGGGCAGCCCCUUGCCCUCCCACCCAUCCACUUCAGAUGCCAGUCCCAAGUCCAGGUUGUCACCUGUCCUGAUCAACUGGUUGUAAAUCAGAGAUAGGACCCCUUCCUCAGAGUUGAUAAUUUGCUAGGGUGGCUCACAGAACUUAGGAAAGCACCUUACUUAAUAUUACCUGUUUUAAAUUCAGAAACCACUAAAUGGAAGAGAUGCAAACAAGGUACGUAGGACAGGACACUGAGCUUCCAUGCCCUCUAGGUUUGCCACCCUUCUAGCACCUCGUUGUGUUAACCAACCUGGAAACUCACUGAACGACUUUAGUUAGGGAUUUUGUGAAAGCUUCAUUACACAGGCAUAAUUGAUGAAAUCACUGGCCGUUGGUGACUGGACUCAAUCUCCAGCCCUUCUUGCCUCCACAGAGGUUAAGGGAUGGAACCGAAUGUUCCAGUGUUAAAUUCACAGGAUUCGUUACCCUUACCCUUCAUCCUUAGAAGUUUUUUAAAAGUCACCUCCGGAACAUAAUAGAAUUCCUAAUAGAAAGCAAAAAAGGUCCUGUGUCUAAUUUCUGUCUUAGGAGAGGCAAUCUGUGGACAUUUGCUGGGGUGAAGGUUUUAACAUCAGGGGGUGGAGUCGUCUUCAUUGUUGAGGUGCUGGUCUGGGACGAUGUUGUCUGGGUGUGUGACUGGGGUAUCCUUUGCAAAUGAGUGCCCACUCAGGUUGAUGGGGUUUUUGCCAUGCUUGGUUGAAACAGUGGUGUUAGUGUGGGGUGUAAGUAGGCCAAGAGGCCUUUUAUUAAGGCAAGAUAGAGACCCAUUUAGGGGUUUAUUUGUCACACUAGAAUUUAAAAGGAGUAGUUUCAAGUGACCAUUAUGUCUUUUACUUAAACCAGCGACUUGGGGCAUGUCUGGGCCAUGAAAGCUCUGUUGAAUGUCUCUUCCCAGAGAAGCAUUGCGUCAUUUGAGAAGUGAAAUGUGUGUCUAUUACCAGUAUUGCCUGCAACUCUGAAGGGAAUAAGGAAUGUCUUGGCAGAGCUUUGUGUUGUGGCUGUAUGUGCAGAGAUGUGUGAUUUUGACUUCUAUUAGGAGUGUCUGUGAGACCAGAGGUUCUGAAGAGUUCUUUACCGCAAAGCAGACCAUUUUUAGGCAAUGGCCCAGCACUUUAUUAUGAAUGUGGGGAUGGGGCCAUUUGUUAAUCAGGGCAUUUGGCGCUAAGAUACCCCCCCCCGAAGUUUGGCCAAGUAAUGUUUCUUAGGUCCCAUUUUUUAUUUAGAACAUUCUGGCUCAGGAAUAGAAAGCAGCAACAUUCCACCGAACUCCAUCGUGUAUGAUGGAUAGCAGUGUCUUUCUGAUAGUCCACAAACUCCCGUAACUGUUCACUCUGUUAAUCUCAAGGGACUUUCCAGGUAGCCAGAGGGUCUGGGGGAGGGCUGGCCUCCUCUGGCACCGUAGCAUCUGGCAUGGGACUGAGGACAGGAGAAGCUACCACCUCCUACAAGUGGAGUUAGGCCAGAGGGCCCAGAUGGGGUUCCAUUCUGUCUUACAGAGUCCUCAGGAGCUGUGCUGAGCUUGUGCUGUUAACAGUAUUUUGAAUAGAUCUUAGAGUCUUUGUUGGAGGGAAUCCUUUGUUGGGCUGGUUGGUAACUAACAGCAGUAGUGAGAUUAAAUAAAAUUUAUAAAUGAGGAAUGUAGUCACCAGCCCCCAAAUAAUACUAAGUAGUAGUAUUAGCUGAAACUGUCCCCACAAUGGGACUAAAAGACUGGAUUUAUGUAUCCAUAUGAAUGUGUCGAAUGAAUUUCCUUGGACGAGGCUGUCAUCAAUGUACUGUCAUAGCUGUGCUACUGGAGGAAGGUGGGUGCAGUUAAGCUCUUGUGUGCAGAGACUGUUUGCAGCAGCCAAGCUGUGGAGCCAGCCUCACAGGCAGCCUGGGAAAGAAGAAGUGUUUACCUUCAGAAUAAAGGCAGGCUGGCAGAGAAGCCGUUGAAAGAGGCCCUGAGCAGAACACGGUCCACCAGAUCUGUAAGCCCAAGAUAGUCGCCCGGGUGUUGAUUCGAUAACGUUAUUAAUUUAUUUAUAUUGGAUAUUGGGAUUGUGGAUUGUGUGGAUCAGCCCUGGCUGCCAGACUGUGUGGCUUAAACAACAGCUUUAUUUUAAUGGCAUUCUGGAGGCUGGAAGUCCCAGACCUGAGGUGCCGGCAGACAGGUUUCUGAAGAUGAGCUCUUCCUGGCUGCUGCCUUCGUGCUGUGUCCUCAUGUGGCCCUGCCUCUGGCUCGGAAAGGCCCCUCCAUCCUCCUCUUUAAGGACACCAGUCCUCCCAGAUUGGGGCCACAUCCCCGCGACCUCGUUUAACCUUAAUUACCUCCUCACAGGCCCUAUCUUCAGAUGUGAUCACAUUGGGAAUUUGGGCUAAGUAAUGACAUUUAGGGGCAGACACACUCGGUCCUUAGCAGGAACCCUAAUGGAUGGACCACUGCAUUAAGAUUGUAGUAACCCACCAGGAGGAGCCCUUUAUUUUUCCCAGGGUUAAGAACAGAUACAACUGGACUGUCAAAUGGAGAAGCAGUAGGACAGUCAUUCCUUUAUUGAUUAGCUGUUAUAUGAAGUUUUACUCCCUGGAGGCCCUUUUCCAGCUUCCAUUGAGCCAUGUUCACUAUCUUAACUGGUGUUUGUGGGUCCCAUUUUACCAAGUCAAUUUGUGAGCAUCCAUGCCCAAAAUGGGACAUUUUAGGACAAUGGAUACUAUGAAUAGGGGAAAUAUAGGCAAGUCUACAGUUAAAGUGAGACAUACGUAUUUUUCCUCUCUAUUUCACUGCUUUUGAAGUUUGGGCAGAGUAAUAUUUAAAUUUAGUGUGAUCUCCAGGUAUCAUUAUGAUUUGAGCCCUAGUAUUAAUUAAAUGUAUGAAGUUUUGUCAUUUGCUGCAUUUUAGCAAAUUCUAAAGUUAACUCAGACCUAUAUUGUAGAGUCAGAAAAACUAAUCAGUGCCGUGUUAUGUUUUGGUGAUAAAAUUUUUUUGGAGCAUAAAUUUUGUUAUGCUGUGCAUAAUUAUUAUAUAUGACUUACUAUAUAAGUUUUUAGUAUAUAAAUUUUGCAUUUCCAAUUGGGUCAAAUUAUAGACUGUGAUUUAGUUAUAUACCGUGUCUUAUUUAGUUAUCUUUUAUUUUCUCCCUCUGUAUUUAGGGAUUUGUUACUAUUUUAAAUCAAUAAAUAGUUUAGAAUGAGUUAUGUUUUCUAGACCUGGUAUUUGCUUGGUACAUGAGUUUUAAAGCGCACCCCCCUCCUUUUUCUCUUGGGCUUUCAGCUUCCCAAAGCCCCAUAGAGCUGAAGGGGAGUCUUCCUCCCCUUUCCACUGCCCCAUUACUGGGCCCUGUGCUGAGCGUGUAGCAGAUACGAGCGGGAUUUGCUUAGUGACAACUGAUAAUCUUGGGGUGUUGUUCAGGAUCUGCCAGAGCAGCCUUCUGUGGGUCCUGGUGCCUCUGCCCUUGACUUCUCGAUAGAGUCCUGUGUCUUUUCACCCUGCAUCUGUGUUUGGCUACAUAUGACAGAGCAACUCAGUCUUCACCCUGAAGGAAAUUUAUUAUCUCACGUAAUAAGAAGCUCAGAGGUGGGACUGACUCCCAGGUGGGUCGGUGAUAACCCAGCUGUGUGUUUCUUUACUUCCUCUCUGUGGUCUAGGUCUUUUAGGCAGGUUCCCUCACAAAAGUCCCGGGAUGCCGCCAGACAACAGGAGCAGCAGAUCCCCUCAUUCAGCCAUCCUGGAAUAGAGCUUUCUAAAGUUGCGUACCUCUAACUAUUGGUGAUUGAGGAAUGCCACUUGCAGGGUGUCCUGUUCCUAGACCUGAGCUGAUCUACCAGCUGGAGCACGGGCAGGAGCUAUGGAUGGUGAAGAGAGACCUGUCUCAAAGCGCCUGUCCAGGUGACAAGGGAAAACCCAAGACUACAGAACUUUCCCCUUGUGCACCAGCCCUGUCUGAGGGGGCCUUGUUCCAGGAACUAGGACAGGGAGACCCAGGGAAUUUCCAGCUGGGCCAAACCAAGGAUCAGAGUGGGCCAUUAGAACUGCAGGAAGGACACUUGAGACCAGGGUUGGAACCUCAGAGGGAGAAGCUCUCUGAGAAAACAAGCCCUGAACAUAAUGGUUUAGGGACAGCUGAUGGUAUAUGUUCGCAGGUUGCACAGGAGCUCAUCCAUUCAGGAGGUGCUGCCUAUGACCAUGACUCAUGUGGAUCAGGUAAAGAUCCCAUGAUUCAGGAAGAGGAAAAUACCUUUAAGUGCAACGAAUGCGGGAAAACUUUUAACAAGAAGCACCUUCUUGCUGGACAUGAAAAGAUUCACUCUGGAGUGAAGCCCUAUGAAUGCACCGAGUGUGGGAAAACCUUUAUUAAGAGCACACACCUCCUCCAGCACCACAUGAUCCACACAGGGGAGAGGCCCUACGAGUGCAUGGAGUGUGGGAAGGCCUUCAACCGCAAGUCCUACCUUACACAGCACCAGCGGAUUCACAGUGGAGAGAAGCCUUAUAAGUGCAACGAAUGUGGGAAGGCCUUCACGCACCGCUCCAAUUUCGUCUUGCAUAAGAGGAGGCACACUGGAGAGAAAUCCUUUGUGUGCAAAGAAUGUGGGCAAGUCUUUCGACACAGGCCAGGAUUCCUUCGACAUCACAUCAUCCACAGUGGCGAGAAUCCUUAUGAAUGCUUCGAGUGUGGCAAGGUCUUCAAACACAAGUCAUACCUCGUGUGGCACCAGCAGACUCACACUGGGGAGAAGCCCUUCGAGUGCAGUGAGUGUGGGAAAGCCUUCUGUGAGAGUGCAGCCCUCAUUCACCACUAUGUCAUCCACACUGGGGAGAAGCCCUUUGAGUGCCUAGAGUGUGGGAAGGCCUUCAACCACAGGUCAUACCUCAAGAGGCACCAGAGGAUUCACACUGGGGAGAAGCCUUUUGUGUGCACUGAAUGUGGACGGGCCUUCACCCACUGCUCUACUUUCAUCUUGCAUAAAAGGGCCCACACUGGAGAAAAACCUUUUGAGUGCAAAGAAUGUGGGAAAGCCUUUAGCACUAGGAAAGACCUCAUUCGACACUUCAGCAUCCACACUGGGGAGAAGCCCUUUGAGUGCUCAGAGUGUGGGAAGGCCUUCAACCGUCGGUCAGGGCUCACGAGGCACCAACGGAUUCACAGUGGAGAGAAGCCCUAUGAAUGCAUGGAGUGUGGGAAAUCCUUUUGCUGGAGCACAAACCUCAUUCGACAUGCUAUUAUCCACACUGGAGAGAAGCCCUAUAAGUGUAGUGAGUGUGGAAAAGCCUUCAGUCGCAGCUCAUCCCUCACUCAGCAUCAGAGGAUUCAUACUGGGAGAAACCCUGUCAGUGUAACAGAAGUGGGAAGACCCUUCCCGAGUGGGCAGUCCUCAGUCACCCUCCGAGAACUCCUUUUGGGGAAAGACUUCUUGAAUGUAACCACUGAGGAAAACCUUUUGCCAGAUAAAACAUCUACCGUGGCAUCUGAUCGGACACACCAAAGAGAAACCCCCCAAGUAUCUACGCUGUGAGAAAAUCUUCCAUCCCAGACCAUCAGUAGUCACGUAGAGAUGCAUUUUAGAGAUUGACUGAGCCCAGAGCCUUAUUCUGCAUCUGAGAAUUCAUCUGUGAGGGGGAGAGCAGUGUUUACUGUGCACGAAGUAGAACUCAGCUACAUGUUUCUCCUUAGUUUACACUGCAGUGUUAUCUCAGGAAUUUUUAUAAAAAGAAGGUGGAGAUGUAGAAGAGCAAAUGAAAUGAAAAACUUCUGAGACUUCUCUGUCCAGCUUACAGCACUUUGUCAUGGAUUCCUUAGUUUACUUGGGGCCAGGGAGAUGUUUCAGAGGCAGUGGGCCUUGACCCUUAAUGUCAUGUAUAUACAUUCAUUGCUGUUCAAUGUCAGGAGGGUUAGACAGUUGAGGACAGGUUAUUAAAGUGAUAAAUAGACACAUAAGAACACAUUUUAUUGUACCAGUUAAGACUCUAAAGCUUACAUUUUUAGAAAACUGUUCUUUAUUUGGUUUUAAACACCAAACAGACUUUUUCAGACUUGUUCUUGAUCCGGUCUAUUUACUUAAUUUCUGUAGCUAUAUGGUAAACCUCAAAAUUGGGUAAAGUGAUUCCUCUGUAUUCUUAUUUAAAUUGAUUUAGCUUUCCUAAUUCUUUUGACAUUUCAUAUAAAUCUUAGGAUGCAAAGAAAUCUUGCUUGCAUUUUUAUAGGAAUUGGUUGAAAUCUGUAGAUCUGUUUGUUGAAAAGCAGCAUCAUGAACACCGUACAUGGUAUGCCAAGUCAGUUAUUUAAGUAAUUCUUGAUAUUUCACUGCUGUUUUAUAAUUUUCAACCUAACAGGUUCUGUACAUUUUUGUUAAGAGUUGUAUCUAGGGUUUUUUGGGGGUUUUUUUGGAAUGAUCAUAAAUGGCAUUGAUUUUUACAGUUU